AUGACUGCUGACCGUUUCGUAAUUCGUCAUGUUCAAAGUAUUAACGAACUUAGCAAAUUAUUCAGAAGUAAACAGAUAAGAUAUACACGUCAUGACAGUGAAAAACCCAAGAACAAAAUUCAUAAGAAAGCAUGUUAUAAUGGUAAUGGUAAUGGUAACAGAUCUAACAAUGACUCUGAUAGUAAUGUUUCCGAUUACAAUGAAGAAAAUUUGCAUAAUAACGGUUAUGGUGAUUCAAACGAAAUUAAUCAGAACAAAGAAGAGGACACAAAAAAUUCAAUAAUAAUUGAAAAAUCUACUGAUAACCAUAAUGAUUUUAAACACAGUAAUAAUUCACUUUUUGACGACAUUGAUUAUACUUGUGACACAAAAGUUGAUGAUCUAGAAUUAAAUUUUUACAAAGAAAGUAAUUUCAAUACUAAAACAAAUGAAAAUGAGACUACUUCAAGUUCAUUUGAAAGUUCAAAUGAUGAUAUUGAAAACUGGCGAGGAAAAGGAAAGAAACCUAAUACAAAUCUAAGUUUGGCCAAAAAGAAAAAAAAAGAGUACUAA